AUGACAGUCUCACUUCCUUCACAGUCCAAUUCGUCGAAGGACGCCCAGGCUGCCCGCAAGCGGAGGAGACGGGCCCCCGCCGGGGGAGCUGCCGAUGACUGCUUCACAUGCAUCAAGAGGAACACCAAAUGUGACAGACGAAGACCUUACUGCUCACAAUGUCUCGAGAUUGGGAAUGAAUGUUCCGGGUAUAAGACUCAGCUGACUUGGGGAGUGGGUGUGGCAAGUAGAGGGAAACUUCGAGGACUUUCGUUGCCUAUCGCAAAGGCACCACCAGUCGCACCCAUUGGAAAGAAAGUGACAGGCCGGUCACGAGCGAAUACUGCUGCCACAACAACUUCGACCCAGUGGAACGACUCAGACGAAGCUGCACGUAGAGUGCACCGAGACGAUGUCGACAUCAACGGAGACCAUGGCCAUUCUGUGCCUACAUCGCAGUACGGGGGCUAUGCGGAAUAUUCAAGGUAUUCGCCUAGUGAAACGGCCACAUCGGCGUCGCAGAGAGUAUGGGGAGCCCUACCAGCAUAUGCUGGUAGCAUGGGUGUCCAUGACCAGUCUAGAUAUCACAAGCUCAGCACCUCUAUGAACCAUUUUCCAAUAAUGGGAGACUCUUUAGGAUCAUCCGUGGAAUCUUUGAGCGAAGUCGACUAUAACCUAUCGCCCCCGGGACAUUCUUAUCCCAGGGAAGAAAUUCCCUUCGUCCACAGCCCAACUCUCGUGUAUGAGAACUACGCUACCCAGAACUCACCCGUGUCUCAGAGCUCCGCCGCGGCGAUUAUGAUCGAUCAACGGGCCCCAACGUCCUGCCCUAGUCUUGUCUAUACCCCCUCCGAGCCAAGUUCGAGCCUUAGCUCACACCCCGACUCUUUCGAGCCACACAUGUCUCACAGACUGGUGGCGGAUAGCGAUGCUCUGAACGCCCCUGAGAUGGAGUCUUACGGCACCAGCCCGCAUUCCACGACCGGUUCCCACUGGGCCUCAUUAUCACGGGAGGAUGAUGUAACUCUCCAUGCUAUGGAGCCCACUUCGGCUACCUCGACGCUUUCCUUUGAGAGCCAGUCGAUACAGGUCAGCCAUGAUCUCAUUGCUAAGAUGCCGUUUUUCAUGGAUUACUAUGAAAAUAUCAUGUGCCCGUCCAUGGUGCUUGUAGAUGGACCGAAUAAUCCAUUCCGAGACCAUAUUCUACGGCUAGCAUCAGGUAGCCGCAGCUUACAACAUGCUAUUUGCGCUCUGGCGGCAUGCAAUCUGAGGAUGAAAAGGAGGCUAAGUCUUGGUCAACAUGCCAGGGACCUAGAUAUCCACAGCUCUCCACGACUAGGUGACACCCAAUCCGAUCACCAUUCUUUGUCAGAAGAACACCAACACCGCAACUUGGCUGUUCACCUCCUGAACCAACAAUUGAACGAUCCCGCGAAAUCGUGCCACGACUCGGUUCUAGCUACUAUACUGCUCCUUUGCCAUUACCGUAUGGUCGAAUCUGGAGUCGCAAAGUUCCACACGCAGUUUGCAGGAGUCAAGAAGAUACUAAGUAUGCGAGGUGCUGCCCCUUAUAGAGGGUCAACUGAGUCCGCGUGGAUGGAAGCUGUUUUCACCUAUUUCGAUUCGAUAUCGGCUAGUAUCAAUGAUCGCGAAGCCCAGCUCAAUCAUCCCUUCUAUGGUCUACCCUCAGACGCCAACUUGUUGCCUCCAGGAGCUGAGAACUUGGUUGGAUGUGAUAGAGAGCUGUUCAAGACCAUAAGCAAGCUUGGCCGCCUAAACCUCCUAUCUCAGCAUCGUUCAGUACGGAAUAACCAAGCAACACCUACCGGGCGCAUUAGAACACCAUCAGUAGCUUCUCCCGUGGGCUCGCCUCUUGGACACUCAUUCAAGCAACCAGUUCCAUCUCUUGGUGACUUCUUCAGCAUAAACCACCACCGUUACGAUGGCAACGGCUUUUCGUCGCAGCUUGACGAGGAGGAGAUAUUAGCUACUGGACUUUGCUCUUCGCCGCAGUACGAUGAAAACCGUUCAAGCUUUUGGUGUGAGUGGAAGGAAGCACGCACAGCGCUCCAGAACUGGGAGUUUGACGCUCAACGGGUGGCUGCAUCCCUGCCUAACUCGGCAACGCAAAGCCAAGUCCGUGACCUACACUCGCUCUCGGAAGCUUUCCGAUAUGCGGCCCUACUCUACACCGAACGUCUAGCAGCGCCUAACGUGCCUUCUACUCAUAACAAUUUCCGUAACCUAGUCAGUCAAGUUAUCUACUACGCAACCUCACUCGAGAGUGGCAGUAACGCCGAGAAAUUCCUACUAUGGCCGCUCUUCGUAUCUGGUAGCGAAUGCGUCAACGAGCUACAGCAAAACAUUGUUCGCAACAAGUGCCGUGAAAUCAUGUCUCGCAGCGGCUAUAUGAACAACCUUGCAGCCAUCGAAGUUUUAGAGCGGCUAUGGGCUGGCGAAUACUACGAGCCCCCAAGAACUCCUGGCAACAAGCUUGGAAUGAGGCGUGGCUGUUUCAACUGGACGAAAUGUAUCGGGGGACCCGGUGUCGACGUCGAAUGGAUCAUGUUUUAA